AAAGAAGAGGAUUAUGCUGGCAAUUUUCAGAUCAUUGAUGAAGAGGACACUCAGUUUAUGACCAACUGCCCCCCUGCUGUGACUGAGAGCACCCCUCGCAGGAGGACUAAAAUACAGGUGUUCUGGACAGCGCCUCCAUCAGGCAGCGGCUGUGUGGUGAUAAAGGCGAGCAUUGUUCAGAGGAAAAUCAUCUCCUUUCAGGAUGAUGGCUCGCUAACAAAGCGGAUGUGCGAGAAAGAGUUAUUAUAUGGAGAGACCACAGAAAAACCUCUGCUGGAUUGUUGUGCCUGUGGAACUGCAAAGUACAGAGUCACCUUCUAUGGAAACUGGUCAGAGAAGCUGCAUCCUAAGGAUUAUCCCAGAAAAGCCAAUCACUGGUCAGCUCUCAUUGGAGCAUCUCAUUCUAAAAACUACGUGCUGUGGGAAUACGGAGGUUAUGCCAGUGAUGGCGUCAAACAGGUCGCAGAGCUGGGCUCGCCUAUAAAAAUGGAGGAAGAGAUUCGACAAAAGGUAGGAGGGCACACGUUGGUGUAA